GCGUGUAACCGUUACCAGGAUUCUCUCUCGAAAAGUCUGUUAUAUUUCUGAAAUGGACUCAACGCUGUCGGGACCAGGAAAACUGAAAGCAGAUCUUACACGGGUACGCAAUUAAAAAAAACAAUAGUUCCAGGCGACUAAUAUACGGCUGAUAGAUAUACAAACAGCUGAUACAAAAAAAAGGCUUCAUAUUUAAUGAUAAUUGUUUCAUCACAAAGGAAGUAGCAAUCCAAACAUGAUGAAGCCACUUUAAUUUGAUUCUUCAGUGGAAAGAAUCUAUUUAAGUGGACGCGUAGCUAAAUUCAUCGAAUGCAAAGUAGAAUAUCAUCAUUGAUAAAGCUUUGGCCAAUGUUUCUUUUAAACUUAAUUACUCCUGGGCACACAUGCUAGAAGGCACCCCGUACAACGCGAUUUUAAUAUUUCCGCGAUGUUUUGUGUUUUUAUCCCACAGGCAACAUCUUCAGGAUCCCAGCCAAAAAAGCUUCCUGUAGAGGAACAAUCUUACGUGGUGAUGGUUACUGAUACAGCCAAAAGAUCCCUACUAACGAAGGAGAUUUUAGAUUUUUGUGGAGUCUUGCCCAUUUACAACACAAAACUAUAUCCGGAUACGAGCACUAAGACUGGAGUUGCAGGUAAUGAACUGAAGAAAAUAAUGACGAUUCCGGCUUUUUAUCUAACAUAAUAACCGUUGUACGUUCUCUUCGUAGACUGUUCUUACAGAUUUUGUCACUUGGGGAGGGGGGGAAGGGGGGCUGCAGCACUGGUUAGCUGAUUAGAAAAGAGAUUACAAUUAUCCAUGUAUCAAGUACCGUAUUUAUUUGAUAAAAUACCGCGGCUUUUAUUACCUUUUUAGCUUUUACAGGGCAGCGCUCACUCAAAGACGUCGUUUAUUUCCAAAUCCAGUUUCUUCAAUCACUGACAACAAUGUCGAUAAAUCGUUUGUAAAUAUGUUAAACAGAAAGAUGUUUUAAGUGUUGAAAUGUCUCACUGUUUUGCUAAGAUAUAAUCGUAAUUGUUUGGAUUGUGUAGCUUAUCAAGUUGUACCCAAUUUUUUUUUUUUUUUUUAUAAACAUCGAAUAAACCGCGCGGCACCCGUCUAUUUGGGUGCGGCAUUUAUUCGAGAGCGGUGUUUAAUCUUCCUGUUUAAUCGAGCAAAUACGGUAUAUACAAAGACUGCUGGUUCUCCUGAGUAAGGAUCAAGUGUAUUAUCGAUCAAAACAGAAGUAAAGUAAAAUGUAAACAUACAAUCGAGUAGUUUGGUAAAACGCAUUCCCCUUUUGGCAUUAUUUCAGUGUAGUGAUUUAUUAUUAGCGGUCGAGUGAAAAAGAUGAAGACUGAGGAACCUCCUAGCUAUGUAGCUUUGUCGCUUUCUUAGAUCCUUUCCCGCCCAACUGAUCCAAUAAGUCUACUCCUCUAUCCUUUGGAGCCAUUAAAAAUCAUAGAGUAGACUCUGAAUAAAAUGCGGUCAUUUGAAUUUCCUUUUAUCGAAUUAUCAAAUUGUUUUGCAGUUGUUACAGGGCGGCGUCUGGUCAAGCGACAGGUACAACGGACAGAAACAACUACGUUUGUUGGCUUUAAUCGUACUUGUAGAAGCAUGGUAGAUGAUAAAGGACAACUCCGAUAUGAUGGUUUGGAUAAUUGCCGUGGUCCAAAUGACAAAUGGGUUGCAAAUUGUAAAUUUAAGGAAGGGUUGUGUUUUUACUUUGUUAAGUGCAAUUAUCUCUCAGGUCUAAGGUACUAUUGGAACUGUACAGAAGUACACAAGAGUUCUGCAAUUCCCGUCUGCUGUGAUCUCGCUUGUGCCGAUCGGUAAAAAAAGUGAGAGAUUUUCCCCCCCAAAAAGGCUUCCUCAGCUUUUGUUUUUGUUUGUUUGUUUUGUUUUUAAUUUGUCUCCCUGACACCUUUAACCUUCCGCCAGAGGCACCUUUUGGC